AUGUCAGAUAGUCCUGUAUUAUCCUAUAAGAAACCAUCAUUGAAUCUGAGUAGAGUACCGUCGCAGACUUCUACUCCUUUGAUCGGUUCAAGUAAUAAUUCUUCACCACUGACACCAACCGCAGGAACGAGAAAGAUCCUGUCGAGGAGGAAAGCAUUACAAGAAUUCUAUAAUAUAUCACAUAAUGAAGAUGAAUCAGAUAUUUCUAACAUUAAUGAGGGUUCACCAUCCAAAGAUCCAAAUCAUGAAGAAAUUAAAGAAAAACAACCUAAAAGGACAAGAACCAAUUCUACAAAUUUAAAUCUUGAAAAUAAUGAAGAUGUCACUAAUUUUAUAAAGACAAGUAAUAUAGAAGAUAUAUUAAAAUUACGGAAUUCAUUAACCAAUAAAUUGAAUUCUCAUGCUGUAGAGAAGAAAACUAUUAUCUAUGAGAAUUAUUAUGAAUUAAUUAGAUUAAGUCAAACAUUACAUGAUAUAUCUAAUGCAACUCCUAGUAAACAAGAAAACAAUAAUGUGGAUGGAUUAGGGAUAUUUUCUACAUCUAAUGAUAAUAAUGAGAAAUCAAUAGAUAAUACUGAAGAUUAUCUCAAUUCAGUAUUAACGGAAUUCUCGGAUUUUAUAAAUAAUGAUGCUAAGAAGUUUGAUGGAUCAUUUGAAGAUGUAGUAAAGAAUCUUCAAGCAGAACUCAGUCAAUCUGAUUCAACUGCUAGUAUUAAUGUAAUACCGGAUAAUUAUGAAAAGCAAGAAUUUCCUGACAAUGUUGAUAUUACUGGCCUUAUAAAGGAACUUAAUUUUAUAUUGAAUGGUGAUAAAACCCAAAUUAGUCAAGAGAAUAAGUCGAAACUUUUGGAUUCAAUUCAAACUAUACUUGAAAAAUUACUGACAAAUAAAGAUGAACUACUCAUACUACAAUUGAAUUCAUUAAAACAGAAAUUCCUUUAA